UUUUCCAGUGGCCGUCAUAAUUUAUUCAAAACUGGAUCGUUGUAACUAGAAAACAGCAACGUAAACCGGCCUAUGUGUGAAGAUAAUAUGAUAAAUUGUUACAUGGUUUAGAGCAGCAAAUACUUUCUUCAGUCGGCUAGAAGUACUUCGAAUUGAUGGCGGAUUAUUCAACAAUAGAACAACAACACAACAUCAUAAUGAAGAUGAGUAAAGUAGGAAAUCAGACAAAUUCACAAGACCCACAGGCGGUUAAUUCACGUGUAUUUGUUGGAAAUUUAAAUACAUUCCAAUGUUCAAAAACGGAUGUAGAACGAAUGUUUCAACGUUAUGGACGAUUAGCAGGCAUAUCAAUGCAUAAAGGCUAUGCUUUUGUCCAAUUCACAAAUCCAUUUGAUGCACGUAGUGCAUGUCUUGGUGAAGAUGGUCGUACAAUUCUCAGUCAGAUUUUAGAUGUUAAUAUGGUUGCAGAACCGAAACCACAUCAAACAGGUAGAAAAAGGCAGAAUGUGUCUAAAACAGGCAAUGAUUGGGACUAUUAUUAUGACAGUUAUUAUGCAUCAACAGCAGCAGGAUUUCCAGUUGGACCAUCACCACGUCUAGUACCACCAUUAAAACGACCACGUUUAAUGGCACCACCUGGACGUCCAGCUAAAAUUGCAGCUACAGGUCAAUCACAACAAAAAACAAAUAAUAAUAACAAUGGUAAUAAUAUUACAACAAAUGUAGUAACAUCAGCAAAUAAUAUUGCAUUACAACAAGGUGUUAUUAAUAAUACAACAACAACAGCAAUAACAACAACAAGUUGUAAUUCUGUAACGAAUACACCUAACGGUGGUGGAGGUGCUGGGAGUACAACGACAUCGCCAGGUUCAAAUAGUAAUGCGACUGCAACUGGUAACAUUAAUAAUAAUAAUAAUGCAACAACAAAUGUUUGUAACAUUAAUAAUGGGGCAUUACAUGCUAUAGAUCAACUUAAAACAUAUAGUAAUCCAGAUAUAUUAAUCUGUGGAAAUUGCCGAGAAAUGUUUACAGAUCUAAAAGAAUUGAUUGAACACAAAAAAGUUUAUUGUAAAUUACGUUUCACUUGUAAAUGUCACACAUUUAAUUCGAAUAAUCCACCUGGUGAUGAAAUUACUGGAUUUUCAACAUUAUCUGACACAACAACAGCAUCCACAACUGUAUCAUUAUUGUGUGUUCAAUGUAAGGAUUCAUUUCCAAAUGCAUGGGAUUUAAUGGUACAUGCACAAGCAGCACAUAUGGUUAAUAUUUAUGAGUUAGGCAUUGCAAACAAACAGCAAUCCAGCAUCAAUGGUACUAUUGACGAUAGUUCAUCGGAACCACCCACAUCCCCAACAGACAAUAAUCAAAUUCAAAGUAAAGAGGAUAAUAAAACUAUCUCAUCAACACUAUCCAAUGGCACAACUAAUGGUAGCAGUUCAGACUAUGAGGGUAAUUGUCUAUUAAUUACAAACUCGUCAACAGAUUCAACGAUAACGGAUAACCAUCGCAAUAGUAAUCAUGAUGAUUUAGAAGAAAAUGGAAAUGUGGUAAAAAUUGAUAUUGAUGAAAUUAUGGACAUGGAUACAACCUCAACACCAACAGCAACUAAACAAUCUUGUAUUAUGCAUGCACUUACAAUUUUUUCAGGUUCUGGGCGAGUGGGAUCGGCAUGUCCAAUGUGUGAGUUUCCAAUGUAGAGAUUAAAGCAACUUCUGACCUUUAACCGAAACAACACCAUCCGUAACUCUAUCGGCCUACUAGUUUAAAAUCAUUGUGCCAGUGUUUUAUUUUAUAAAAUAUUUGCAUACAUUUCUGAUUAGACUUUUUUUUCGUAAAACAUAAAAAAUAUAGAA